AUGCUGGAUCUCCGAGAUGCUGUGGAGAAAUUCGUUAGAGAUGGAAGAUUACGCCAAUAUGUGAUCAAAACCCAGGGUUCCAAAAUUAACAAAAGGAAGUCGGGAAACAUAAAUAGAAGUAAAAGCCCGGUUCCUGAAAAGAAAAACAAGGAUGAAAGGAAUCAGAAAAAUGAUUCCAACCAUGACGAGUUCCCGGAAGCAAAAUUUGACUGCAAUGUAAUUAGUGAAGCCCUUGGAGGAGGAGGAGACACUGUAAGUGCCAGAAGAAAGUAUUUGAAAGAGGUCCUCUUUAUUAGGGACCAUCCUAAAUUCAAGAAAGACCAAGCAAACCAGACCCUCCUCUCUUGUAUUUCACAAAAGAGUGUCUGCAAGGAAUCCAGAGGGUGCUAUUUUGAUACAGUCAAAGAGAAUGAAGGUGGACAUUCGAGUCCUCCUCGGAUUCAUCCGGGGGACAAACUCGGCAAGGAGACAAUUCCUCACCAUUCAAGGAAGCCCGUUAAUGUGGUUGAACUUGACAUGAAGAAAGAAAUAAUCCUGAGGCGUGAGCCUGAUAGAGAAUUAGAAGAUCUUGCAUUGGAGAAAGAACCCAGUCAAUUUACCCGAAUUGGUAAGACUAUAGAUCCUCAGAUCAAACAACAGCUAGUCGGGUUCCUCAAAAGCAACACGGAUGUGUUUGCUUGGAAGUCAUCAGAGAUCCCAGGCAUAGAUCCUGCCUUCUACUGCCACAAGCUGGCAGUUUACCCCGGAUCCACAUCGGUUUCUCAAAAGAAAAUGAAGUUGGGACCAGAAAGGAAACAAGUCCUGGAGGAACACGUGAAGGAGUUGCUGGAUGCUGAAUUCAUUCGGGAAAUACAGUGCACAACAUGGCUUGCGAACGUGGUGAUGGUGAAAAAACCAAACGGGAAAUGGAGAGUCUGUACUGAUUAUACGGACUUGAACAAGAUUCCAAUGUACCCAGGAGAUCAAGAAAAAACUGCCUUCAUUGCUGAAAAGGCCAACUACUGCUACAAUGUGAUGUCGUUUGGGCUCAAAAACUCAUGGGCAACUUAUCAAAGAAUGAUGAAUAAUGAUCUUGAGCAAACUUUUCAGAAACUCAGGGAAUAUCGCAUCCGUUUAAACUCGGUAAAAUGUGCGUUUGGAGUUCCAGCUGGAAAAAUUUUGGGUUUCAUGUUAACCCAUAGAGGAAUUGAAGCAAACCCAGACAAGUGCAAAGCAAUGCUUGAUAUGAAGGUACCCCAGAAUAAAAAGGAGGUUCAGCAGUUAACUGGUAGAUUAGCUGCAUUAACCCGUUUCUUGCCAAAAUCUGCUCAAAAUGCCCUCCCCUUCUUUAAAUUGUUAAAAAAGGAAGUAAGGGAAGGAUGGAAUCCAGAAUGUCAAGCCGCAUUUGAAAAAGUUAAGAAAUGUUUAGCAACCCCACCAGUACUCUCAAAGCCAGAACCAGGAGAUACUCUGAUCCUGUAUCUGGCUGUGGGGGAAGAGGCAAUAAAUGUUGUCCUGAUCAAGGAAACUGAUAAAGGCCAAGAGCUGAUUUAUUUCAUCAGCAGAGCCUUGCAAGGUGCAGAGGUCAGAUAUCAAAAGCUGGAAAAGGUGGCAUUUGCUUUGCUGAUCACGGCUAGAAGAUUGCGGCUAUAUUUCCAGGGACAUCAAAUUAUAGUUCUGACUAAUCAACCUAUACGACAGGUGUUACACAAGCCAGACCUUGUAGGACGAAUGACUAACUGGGCAAUUGAGCUCAGUGAGUAUGACAUAACAUAUGAAAUUCGGAAGGCCAUCGAGUCACAAGCUCUGGCUGACUUUAUAAUGGAGCUAACACCGGUGAACCCAGAAUAUAGCAAAUCUAGGGAUGCAUGGAAGGUCUACGUAGAUGGAUCCUCCAACGAUAAAGGAAGUGGAGCUGAAAUCAUACUUGAAAGUCCAGAAGGGGUGACAAUAGAACACUCCUUGAAUUUGGGAUUCCCAACUUCGAACAAUCAAGCAGAGUAUGAAGCUUUGAUAGCCAGAUUGAUGCAGGCUAAAGAACAUGGAGCUAAGAAGGUAAAAGUCUUCAGUGACUCACAAUUAGCAACUUCACAGAUAGAAGGAAAAUAUCAGGCCAAAGGUCUUAUCCUGAUGAAAUACCUAAGCAAGGUUCAGGAGAUGAUGGCCGAUUUUGAUGAAGUGCAAGUUACUCAUAUUCCUCGAGGGGAAAAUUGCCGAGCUGAUAUCUUGUCUAAAUUGGCAAGUACCAAAAAUCCAGGUAAUCACAGAACCGUGGUACAACAAAGCAUAACUAUGCCGAGUUGCAUGAUGAUCAUCACCUCGACAAAUGACUGGAGACAACCCAUGGUGCCAUACCUUGAGAAAGGAAUAUUGCCAGAGGAUCGGCUGGAAUCCAAGAAGCUGGUCAGAGAUGCAGCACAAUACACAAUUAUGAAUGAUCAGCUGUUUAGAAAGAGGUUGCAUGUCCCUAUGCUAAAAUGCUUAAACUCGGAAGAAGCAGAAUAUGUUCUGUCCGAGAUACAUGAAGGAAUCAAUGGACAUCACAUGGGAGGCAAAGCUUUGGCUAGAACGGCCCUCCGAGCUGGUUAUUAUUGGUCGACUAUGGAGGCAGACGCUAAAGAACAUGUGAAAAGAUGUGACAGCUUCCAGAAGCAUGCCAAACUAAUUCUUUCACCACCUGAAGAACUGAAAUAUAUCUCGGCUCCAUGGCCCUUUUUCAAAUGGGGAAUGGAUCUGUUUGGAAUACCGGCUGAGGUGGUGACUGAUAAUGGAAUGCAGUUUGCUGAUAAAAGGUUCCAACAGUUGAUGAAAGACUUGCAAGUCAAACAUUGCUUUGCAUAUGUGGAGCAACCACAGUCGAAUGGACAAGUUGAAGCAGCAAACAAGAACGAGUACCCAAAUUGCAACAGGGAAAAUCCCUUUUCGACUGACAUAUGGCUGCGAAGCCAUGAUCCCGGUGGAAAUCAGAGAACUUCUUGGAAGAAGAUGAAUAGUAAUGAGCAAGGCGAGCAGCAGAACAACAAGCUACUCACAGCCGAGUUAGACCUUGCUGACGAAGCUCGGGUUGCAGCUCACUGCCGGGAUAUGAUGGCCAAGUGGCAGAUGACAGUCAGAUAUAACAAAAAAGUGAGGCCAAGAAUCUUUGAGAAAGAUGAUUUGGUACCCAGGAGAGUGGAUAUUGGAAAUAAAAAUGCCAUAGAUGGAAAGUUAGCUGCAAACUGGGAAGAACCAUACCAAGUUAGAGAAAAGCUCGGAAAAGGAGCCUAUAUCCUAGAAACAGUGGAAGGCAAAGAAUUAAGCGGACCUGGAAUGCGGAUAAGCUGA